AUCCGUUGUCAAGGUCGUGUAGACAAGCUUGACCUUGAAUCAGCGCGGACAAUUUGGAAGACGAUUACUUUUUCAAUUACUUUUUCACCAAUCCCAAGGAUGAUUAUCUUAAUGGAUUAUCACUCAUGUUCCUGACAGGAUACCUGUCAACCACAAAUAAUCUGGUUACCUGCAAUGGAUAAUGGAGUGUUUUAUGAUCCAAAACAAAAUAUAGAACGUAUUUUCGAAGUCGAAAAGCUUUUUGGUUUCCCGUCUAAUAAACUAGUAACUUCAAAUCGCGUGUUAGUUGGGGAAGGUGUUUUGACAAAGAUAUGUAGAAGAAGGCCGAAACUAAGGCACUUUUUCCUAUUUAGUGAUGUGUUAAUCUAUGGAAGGAUUGUAGUAAAUAGGAAAGUUCUUCGUAACCCUCAGUUCAUAGACCUCGCUGACUCCUGUGUUAAGAAUGUUGUGGACAAUGGGAUCUACCGGAAUGGAUUUUCAAUUCUCAGUCCAAGAAAGUCAUUCACGGUUUAUGCAAGCACUUCUGAAGAGAAAACGCAAUGGGUGAUUCAUCUGAAGAAAUGUAUUUCAAGCUCUGCUUCUUCUGGUAUGCAAUACGAUUCAGUUAAAAAAUCUCCAAUAUGGAUUCCAGACUCAGAAGCAUCUCACUGUAUGGUAUGUGGUACUACUGAAUUCAAUCUUGUUCAUCGAAGACAUCAUUGUCGACAUUGUGGCAAAGUUGUUUGUGAUAAAUGUUCUACUUAUCGUUGGAUACUUCCCUAUCAAGGUUCAUCACGUGUACGUGUUUGUUCAGAAUGUCAUACUGAUUUAUCGACUGAGAAAAACAACUCACUCAUUCGUAAUAAUCAACAACAAUAUCAGUGCGAAAAAGAGAAUAGUCUAUCUAGUGUUACUACUUGUGUGACUAAUAAUAAAGUCGGUGUCACCAAUGAAACGACUGACAAUUUUAUAAUUACACCAACCUAUCUUGGUGAUGUAAAUAUGAUUAAUGAUGAAUUGAAUACUGAAAGUGAUACAGAUUCAGAUACCACUGAGCACCAAUCCCAGCCUUGUAUUGUGCUUGUACACUGAAUCAAACUGAUUGGUAACUUCAUAUAGUACCCAUCUAUAUUUUGUCUUCAUGAGCGUAAGCGUUUGCCAAUGGUAUUUCGACCUUCCAGAUUUUUAUCACCUAUCAGUUGAAAUCAUGAUACAAAGUCUUAACCAAGUAACAAAAAUUUUCUUUGUUAUUUAUUCAUAAAUUACCUUCAUGGUUAUGAUAACUAAUCAUAGUUAAUCCAAUUAAUCAUUUCUUAUUAUGAAAUAACACUCAUGGAGUAGAUACGUUACGUAAUAAUUGUAUAAUGACAUAUCGAUUAUAAACUGACAUUAAUUAUUUGGAAGAAAGAGGAUUAAUACUAAUCAAAGUAAUUAUUCGAAAAUCAAGCUGUUGCUACGUUGCGUAAUAUAUAAAAAGAGAAGAAAGAACUAAUAACAUAUUUUGAUGAAUGGUCAGUAAUAUAGUAGUUAUGUAAGAAUCAAGAGACAAAUGUAGAGAAUAAGUAAAAUACACAAAUGGAAAGAAUAAGAUAAUUGUUUACCGAAAUUCUGCUACAAACUCCGCUAUACCGAUGGCCAAGGUAGUGAGAGUGGUUGUACAAACUUCUUUUGGAUACAAAGGUUCGGUUUGUGAAUAUGACUUGCGAUGGCUUCAGCUAUGUGCAAUAGACGAGCUCGUAAACCAUGUGGCUAAUUUGAUGGAAUAUGGUAGAUAACCUUAAAAGCAGUAUUCAGUUCAAAUUGAUAACCUGUGUCCACCAAGUGAGCGAGAAUGGAACUCUUAAUCACUAUUACCUGUCAUUUGCUCAACCACGACCGAUGAUGUUCUGUUAUUCGUUGAUGAACUUGCCGAAUUGUACGCCCUAUAUAAAUGGUUUCAUAGGAGCAGUUGAAUGGUAAAUACACAUAAAUGUGGCGAAUUUAGGCAAUCUGUCUUUAUUAACCGUUCUUAUUGUGUGGCGGUUGUAGAAGACGGUACUCAGUCGAGCUGCAUUAAAUGUUUUCUAUACUGCCUUUCUUAAUCUCUGUGUCACGAUUUCUUCUGUAGCAUCAUUUAAGAAUUGUAACUUUAGGAACAAUAGCUUUUUCAGAACUACUACUACUAUAUUACUGACCAUUCAUCAAAAUAUUUUGUUAGUUCUUUCUUCUGUUUUAUAUAUUAUGCAACGUAACAACAGGAUUAGUAUCAAUCCUCUUUCUUCCAAAUAAUUUCUGAUUAUGUUAACAAUUCCAUUUUAUAGUUGAAAGUGUGAGUCAAUUGAAGCUAGACCAC